UAAAAAAAUGAUUAUUGUCGCUGCGGUAUGUGGAGGUGUUGCUCCCUCACACAGAGCUGCUUUGACUUUGACCAGCGGGGGAAGAGAAGCGGAGAAGAAGAGCCAGAGAGUUCGAGUUGCAGGUUAGCAAAGUCUUUGAUCAUGAAGAGCUCCAAAGAGGCCGUGCAGUCAGCAGCCAAAGAGUUCCUGCAGUUUGUGAACAGUGGGGUGUCUCCAUACCACGUGGUUGAAGAAUGCAAGCGGCGUCUGCUGCAGGCCGGCUUCAUCGAGCUGAAGGAGUCUGAGAAGUGGGACAUCAAGCCGUCCAGCAAGUACUUUGUGACCAGGAACUUCUCCAGCCUCAUCGCCUUCGCUGUGGGCGGACGCUUCCUGCCAGGAAACGGCUUCUCCAUGAUCGGCGCCCACACAGACAGCCCCUGCCUCAGGGUGAAGCCGAGGUCCAAGAGGACGAAGCAGGGCUGUCUGCAGGUCGGGGUGGAGUGCUACGGCGGAGGCAUCUGGAGCACCUGGUUCGACCGUGACCUAACCAUCGCCGGCCGCGUUAUGGUCAAGACCGACGGCCGGCUGGUUCACCGGCUGUUUCACGUGUCCAGACCGCUGCUCAGGAUCCCUCACCUGGCCAUCCACCUGCAGAGAGACGUCAACGACUCCUUCGGCCCCAACAAGGAGAACCACCUCGUGCCGAUCAUCGCCACCGUCGUCCAGGAGGAGCUGGAGACGGGCUGUGCAUCCAGCGGAGAUGCUAGCUGUGCUGUCAACACGGCGGAGAAGCACCACCCAGCGCUGGUGAAGGUGCUGUGUUCAGAGCUGGGCGUCGAGCCUGAAGCCCUGCUGGACUUUGAGCUCUGUCUGGCCGACACUCAGCCCGCGGCGUUGGGAGGAGUGUACGAAGAGUUCAUCUACUCUCCUCGUCUGGACAACCUCCACAGCUGCUACUGCGCGCUGCAGGGGCUGCUGGAGUCGUGCUCAGGAGACUCUCUGGACGAAGACCCCAACGUCCGCAUGAUCACUCUGUACGACAACGAAGAGGUGGGAUCAGAGAGCGCUCAGGGGGCUCAGUCCAACCUGACGGAGCUCAUCCUCAGCCGCCUCUCCUCUUCCGCCUCCAACCUCACCGCCUUCCAGCAGGCGGCGCCGCUCUCCUUCAUGAUCAGCGCCGACAUGGCGCACGCCGUGCACCCCAACUACCAGGAGAAGCACGAGGAGAACCAUCGUCCUGCUUUCCACAAGGGUCCAGUGCUCAAGUUCAACAGCAACCAGCGUUACGCUACAACGGCCGUCACCGCCUCCGUAGUCAGAGAGGUGGCCGGCCAGGUCGGCGUGCCGCUGCAGGAUGUGAUGGUCCGUAACGACAGCCCCUGUGGAAGCACCAUUGGGCCCAUCCUGGCCGCCCGCCUCGGCGUCCCCGUGGUGGACAUCGGCUCUCCGCAGCUCUCCAUGCACUCCAUCAGAGAGAUGUGCUGCACCUCCAGCGUCCUGCAGAGCACCACCCUCUUCAAGGGUUUCUUCCAGUUGUUCCCCACAGUGAGGAGCUCGCUGGUUGUCGACUAGCUGGGAAGAACAACAGCUGAUGGAAGCAAAGGAUGUCAUCUUCAACAUGUGGUUGUGUUACUUCAACACAUACUCAUGUAAAGAAUAUAGACGUCAUGAUGGUGUUAAUAUAGACACGUGUUGAAACUGACACAUCCUCCCUUAAGAACAGUUUGAGACGUUUCACUCGUCACUGUAACUCCUCCAAAUAAAGGAUCCCAUUCACAUCACACUUCUACAUCUUUCAUAUCAACUGAAAAUAAAACGUUGAAAGGUUUUUGUUCUCUUCUGUGUUUGUUAAUAAUCAGGAAGGUUUCAUCCUGCAGGAGAAGCUGCUCUGAGUUUAUUUCACCGCUCAUAUUUAAUAAAAGUCAGUGAGGAUCCACAUGUGAUGAUCAGUCUGUCUGGAUGGUCUCUGGCAGGAGGAGGACUUCUGAUCCACGUCAUGGUGCAGGAGAUGGGAACUCCUCCACACUGC